GUUAUGUGUCCUUUUCCUGUAAGCCUAUCAAAAUAUAACCUAAAACAACCUUGUGAUUUACUUCUAGAGUUUCAACAUUCAAACAAUUGCUAUUUGAGAAGAUUACCCCUUUUUAUGAGAAGAUUACUUAAAUCAGAGUAACAACUAACCCAUUUCUUUUAACAGAUCCGCAAUUAUUUUCAUCUUAAAACAUGACGUACAUUCUUACAAGAAAAACUUUGCUAUUUUUAAUAAGCCAUAGUUAUUAUAAGUAAAAAAAAUUAGUCAUGUUUUAGAAUUUUGUCAUGAUUUUAUCCUAUUUUAGACAAAUUCAUUUGCUUUAGGUAUUAAAAUCUUAGGGCAGCCCAACACCUAUCCGACCUCGUCUGGCCACUUCACUGGAUCAGACCCGGAUGAAUUAAACCAUGAGUAGGACGUACUGUAAAAAAAUUACUCACUAUAUAAAAGAACUUAAAACAACAAAUUCAUUGAUUUUCUAAAAUUGGAUAUGGCAUGAAUAUUUUUCUAAUAAAGUAUUUCAUGAACGUCCUAAUACUUUCGAGAGAUGCAAUGUGGCUUUUUCCAACCUUGGCUCGUUGUCCUCGAGGCUAAAGACGGUGAGAGAGAGUGCACCGAAAGCAAUUUCCAUCUUGUUUGAUUUCUCUCAUUUCUCUGCUGACUCCUUGCAAAAUCAAAUUUCAGGUUUGCAAAGGAUUUGGAGAUGUUUGAGAUCUGAAUCAUUUCAGGCUUUGGUUGGCCAAAAAGCGGUUUAUGAGAUUGUGAUAAACAGUGUUUGGUUAGUUGUCUUUCAAGAUGUGGAGAUCCAUUUGGAAUGCCAUCACAAGCUUUGGCAGGAAGAAGAGCACGGUUGAGCCAAGCACUGCCUAUAAUGAAUUCUCAGACGACGAUGACAUGGGCUCCAAUGAUAGCAUCGACGAAGUCUUAGAAUGCCCAAUAUGUUGCGAAUCUUUCAACAUUGUAGAGAAUGUUCCCUAUGUCUUAUGGUGUGGACACACCAUAUGCAAGAAUUGCCUCUUGGGACUAAAACGGGCUGCUCUGAAGAUCUCCACAACCCAACAAAUCCAAAUCCCGUUCUUCAUCUCCUGCCCUUGGUGCAACUUGUUGACCCUUCGACUCGUUUUCCAUGGAAUCCUUAAAGCCCCCAACAAAAACUACUUCCUCCUUUGGAUGGUGGAGAGCAGGAAUGGCAACCGCUUCGGGUCCCACAAAUGCACAAAUCACCGGAAUGUGUGGACCCCUUUGCGCGUGAACUCCACCACCAUCUCGAAUGCCAAUUCUUCGUUUGUUGUUGGUGGUGGUGACAUAAAUCGCGUAGUCAUGAACAGUGGUGGAGGCGUCCGUGGUGCUAGGGGUGCUUAUAGGAGACGACCACAGUUUUCUCUUCACAAAUCCAUUGACUUCUUCAUUCGUUUCAUAUCGAGAUUCCCAUUGGUACUUGUGCUUGUUUUUAUGGUUAUCUUUACCAUUCCUUGCAGCAUUGUCAUUCUUAUGUUGUACUUUGCUAUCACAAUCCUCUUUGCGGUCCCCACUUCCAUGGUAAUGUAUUUUGCAUACCCAACUUUGGAUUGGUUGGUGAGAGAGAUAAGCAGCUGAGAAUAUGUUCCUGUCAUCUAUCUUGUGAAGUUUUUUUGCUGUGUCCAAUCAGACUCCAAUAAAACUCUGUAAUAUCAACUUUAUAAUCAUUAGUUUUUUAGUUGAUCUUUUUGUAUAAAGGAUGAUGGUAUACAUAUGUGUCUUUGAUUGAAGGGAAUCCAUGCCUGAACACUAUUUUGGAGACUUAGGCCCCCUUUGAUUAGCA